UAAAUGAGCGGUGCCACGUAAGAAAUCUUAAAUUUUAAACCAACCAUUCUCUGCCACAUAGAUCCAUCUCCUUUGCCACCUACAAAACAGAGCACACACUACCAAAGCCCACCAGGAAUCAAUUUACGGCACCCAAAACAAGAAACCCGGCCGUAGGACCGUCUCGGACAAAGUGGGCCCCUUAUGAAGCUCCACAGUUCUACACCCAUGCAACCUCUGCGACACCGGCGCUACUAGCACGUCACAACUCGACUUUAUAUUAAAACUUUCUUCGCUCGAUCCACUUCAGAAAGCCAAUAGAAUAGCUACUAAUCGGAUUUGUAUCCUUUUUUAUUGUGAACAUUGGAUUCUCUCAGCUAUCGCCACUUCUCUCUCUCUCUUAUCCUUCUGUACUCUUGUACAAAACUCUGAUCCUGCGUAAGACUCGCACAGUUAGUACACCCCCCUCCAUUAUUUUAUGCAAACUCCGCCAUUGGAGCUUCCUCCUCUUGGGGUAGUGUAAUGUUAUUCUAGCUCUUUGUCACGCGAGUUGCCGCAAAUUUACGGACCAUCGCCAUGAGCCGGAGCCACCACCAGCAAAACCCUCAGCACCCGAAGCUUAAACCUCCGCCGCGGCCGCUCUUCUCCUGUGGGAUUUUCCGCAACUGCACCCAAGCCGCCCUCAGCCCCACCACCACCCCUCCUCCCUCCGCCACCACCUUCCCCCCCUCACCUUCGCCCCCUCCGCCGCCCUCCGCCUCUCCUCCACAUCCUUCCGCUCCGUCCCCGCCGCCUUCCGCCUCCGACCCGACUCCCACGAUCGAACCUGACCGCCCUCCCCCUUCCUCUUCUUCUUCGUCGUCGUCCUCCUCCUCGUCAACGUCGCAGAGUUUUACCCAGUGGCGCUUCCCGCUCCACCACCACCACCACCAACACCCGACGGAGGCCGAUGCCCGCCCGGCCCCGCCGCCCGACUCAGCCAACGACCUCGCCGAGUCCUUCCACGCCGCCGAGAUCCACUUCGCCUCCGGCGCCCGUCUCCCCGCCCUCCGUCUCCUCGAGCGCUCCCUCGCCCCCGACCCCUCCCAUCCUGGCGUACUCUGCACCCCGGCGGUGAUGGCCGGCGUGGUGGAGUCAUUGCGGGAUCCUGCUUCGGCGCGGCCGGCCGCGAAGGUGCUUCUGGCGCUUCUGCUGGCGGAGGCGAAUCGGCAGGCGGCGGUGGAUGCCGGGGCGCCAGCGGCGGCUGUGGAGGCGGUCGCGGCGUCUGGGCCGUCGGGGGCGACUGCAGAGCGGGCGCUGGCGGCGCUGGAGCUGCUGUGCACGGUGGCGGAGGGUGCGGCGGCGGUGCGAGGGCACGCUCUGGCGGCGCCGGCUCUGGCCGGGGCGGCGGAGAGGAUGGGGGGCAGGGGCCGGGAGUGCGCGAUCGGGGUGUUGGCGGCGAUCUACAGCGGCAAGCUUGCGGCGGACGCGCCGGAGGAGGUGGCGCGCGCGGUGGUGGCGGCGAUGCAGGGGGAGUGCAGCGCGCGGGGGCGAAGGAAAGGGGCGCAAUUACUCCGGUCAAUGCAGGAGAUCGGACGGCUGGAUCUCGGGAACGACGGGUGGAAUGCGUGCUGAUUCGGGGCGAUCAGACGGCUGGUGAUCGGCGGGAGGGUGGGGUCCAUGUGCGUAGGUGCACGAGUGGGUGCGUGAAAUGGGUGUCCUUGUGGGAGCUGGGGGUUAGUAGGUGCGAGAGGGAUGUGACGAGGAGGGGUCAGUGUCAGAUGGUGACGGAGCCGCUGCUGCUGGUGAUUGCACCCUGCCAUUGAUGGUUUUCGUAAUCUGGUGACGUUUUGGAGGUUUUGUGCAGUGUUUAUUCUCGUCUCUUGUAUCUCACUAUUUUUCACUUAUUUUGGGCUUGUGAUUUAUCUAAAUAUGAUUUCAUGACCAAGUAGUAUGUAAAGCUAUGUGGACUCCUUUGUA